AUGUAUUUGGAUUAGGUACCUGAUAUUAAGAUAUUAAUGAAUAAUAGCAUUUAUACAUACGUAACGUGAGGUGUAAUAAUAUAGAGCUCAUAAUAUAAUCACCUGAGGGUAAUAAUGGCCAAGAUAGUGUUAUCGAUAGACGGAUAUGUAUUUGAACGAAGCAAAGAGAACCAACCCCCACUAUAAGCCAUCCCUAGCCCAUAGCAGCCCACCAUCAUACGAAACAGCUCUCAACACUUCAAGUCCAAGCCAUUACCUCCGUAGAAAAUCACUCAACAUUCCCCUUUCUCUUUCUUCUUCCUUAGACCUCUACUAGACCUCUACCCUAAGUUUGUUUUAUACUAUCGUUAGUUAAGAAGAAAGAUAACUUGAAAAGCAAGAAUGGCUGCGACUAAGCAAAAGGCGUGUCUGAUCGUGAUUGAUGGCUGGGGUAUCCCCUCCGCCGACUCGCCCAAAAAUGGCGAUGCUAUUGCUGCUGCCAAGACCCCCGUCAUGGACGAUCUGUCCAAGAGCGCAACUGGUUUUACCGAAUUAGAAGCUUCCUCCCUCGCCGUCGGACUUCCUGAGGGCCUCAUGGGUAACUCGGAAGUCGGCCACUUGAACAUUGGAGCUGGAAGGGUGGUAUGGCAAGAUGUCGUCCGAAUCGACCAGACCAUCAAGAAGGGCGAGCUUUCCAACAACGAUGUCAUCAAGAAUGUUCUUGAGAGAGCUAAGAAUGGUACGGGAAGGCUUCACCUAUGUGGUCUGGUCUCCCACGGUGGAGUGCACGCUAAACAAACCCACCUGUACGCUCUCCUCAGAGCCGCCAAAGCCGCUGGAGUCCCUAAGGUCUAUAUCCACUUCUUCGGCGACGGCCGUGAUACCGACCCCAAGUCGGGAGCUGGCUAUAUGCAGGAGCUCAUCGACACGGCCAAGGAAAUUGGCAUUGGAGAGAUAGCUACCGUUGUCGGUCGAUACUACGCUAUGGAUCGUGAUAAGCGAUGGGAGAGAGUUGAGAUUGCUCUGAAGGGUAUGAUUCUGGGAGAAGGAGAAGAGAGCUCCGAUCCGGUCAAGACCGUUAAGGAACGGUAUGAGAAGGGCGAGAACGAUGAGUUCCUUAAACCCAUCGUCGUCGGCGGCCAAGAAGCACGGAUCAAGGAUGAUGACGAGGUUUUCUUCUUCAACUACCGAUCAGACCGUGUCCGACAGAUCACUCAGCUGCUCGGAGGAGUUGACAGGUCGCCCUUGCCCGAUUUCCCUUACCCUAAGAUCAACCUCGUCACUAUGACACAAUACAAGGUCGACUACCCCUUUGAAGUUGCCUUUAAGCCUCAACGUAUGGACAACGUAUUGGCCGAGUGGCUUGGCAAACAAGGCGUCAAGCAAGUCCACAUUGCUGAGACGGAGAAGUAUGCCCACGUAACAUUCUUCUUCAACGGUGGUGUCGAGAAGGUCUUCGCUCUAGAGACCCGAGACGAAUCUCAGGACUUGGUGCCAUCCAACAAGUCCGUCCCGACAUAUGACAAGGCUCCUGAGAUGAGUGCCGACGGCGUUGCAAAGCAGGUCUGCAAGCGACUUGCGGAGCAAGAGUUCCCGUUUGUCAUGAACAACUUUGCUCCCCCGGAUAUGGUGGGUCACACAGGCGUGUACGAAGCAGCAAUCAUUGGCUGCGAAGCUACCGACAAGGCCAUUGGCCUGAUCCGCGAUGCCUGCAAGAAAGAGGGUUAUAUCCUCUUUAUCACUUCCGACCACGGCAAUGCUGAAGAGAUGAAAUUCCCUGAUGGCAAGCCCAAGACCUCUCACACGACCAACAAGGUUCCCUUCAUCAUGGACAACGCGCCCAAGGGCUGGUCAUUGAAGAAGACCGAUGGUGUUCUUGGAGAUGUUGCCCCGACUAUCUUGACGGCUAUGGGUCUACCGGUGCCUGAGGAUAUGACUGGCCACAGUCUCUUAGUUGUUGAAUAAGUGGGGUUAUUUCGUAAAGCAUCAUCGUUGGGACACUAUGUUAGAUGAGGAGUUGGUAGGGACUAGUUAGAGGCGACAUGGGAGGCGUAGAGAUACCAACCGUAUUAGAUGAUAAAUAUGGUUAUUGAAAAUAGACGUUUUUGAUUAAUUCUUUCUUCGUAUUUGACCGGAAAUUUGAAUCAUCGUUUGUUAAGUUGAAAGCUUAAGUAAAUAACAAUCUUAAGAUAAAUCACUAGGU